AUGUAUCCUAAAGAUAUUAUGAAGAAGGAUAAAGAAUUCAAAAUGGGUGAUACAGAUUUUGCACAAAGUGGUGAUGUGAGUAUUUCAAGAUGGAAAGAUAGAGGUAAGAAACCAGUCACCGUUGUUAGCAAUAUGCAUAAUGCAUCUGCAACAGAAAUUGUUCUAAGAACCAAUUCUAGAGGACAAAGAACACCUAUUUUAUGUCCAUCAAGUAUAGCUGAUUAUAAUCGUUAUAUGGGAGCAGUUGACCGCUUUGACCAGUAUAUGUCUGCUUAUAGUGUUAGCCAAAAAUCAAGACGUUGGUGGGUGAAAUUGUUUUAUUAUAUGUUGGAUACUACAAUAGUCAACUCUUUUUUGCUUUAUAAAGAAAGUUGUAAUGCUGUGAAAAAAAAGUACAUGAGUCAUUUAGAUUUUAGAUCAAAACUAACUGAUCAGUUGAUAUCAGAUUUUUCAUCUCGACAAAGACGACCUACCAUUUCCCCUAUGAGUAAUAAACGUAAAGAUUCCAGUGGUUCUGUUCAAAUUUCUGGAAAACAUUUGGCAAUAAAAAUAAGUACAUAUCGUCGCUGUGUGUCAUGUAGUAAGUCUAAAGAAAAACGAUCCAAUAUGGCUUUUGACACAUGUGAUAAAGUUUUAUGUAAAGACUGUUUUGCUAAAUACCAUGAAUAA